AGACCUUCUCUACCUCGCAUGAAAUCUUGUUUAAAAUCUCCUUCGCAUUCUGGCUCUGCCACCCCCGUAGAAUCUGACACGGACGAUGGCACUUGCAAGAAACAUGUCGCAUUUGGAACUGAACAAGUCUUUGAAGCUGAUGAGUGGGAUAGAACACCCACUGAAAUCUCACAACGUCUCUCAUACGAGGACGUACUUGAGCUCAAGAUGAUUCAACGUUCCCUGCCUCGUGCUCAGCAGAGUCACGACCCACUUUCAUCCAGGCCUUACUCUGGCGUAUUUCUUCGCAACGUACCAAUCCCACUCCUCCCACUAAAUCCAACAACAGUAUCAGCUUCACCGGCUUCACCACCAAUCUCACCACCACCA